AUGCGCUAUUUUCCCGUAACAGCGUUUCUGCUGUUGUCGUCCUUCGGGGCUUCCGUCUCGGGGCUACACGGGCAUCAUAGACAUGAGGCUCUGCAUCAUCGGUCCGAAAAUGCACCAGUAUCCAAAGCAAAGCCUAUUCACCUUCGCCGUGAUGAUUCCUCUGAUCAAGAACAUACAUGUUCUUCACAUAGAGAAUGUGAUAACGGAGCCUGCUGCGGCCAAAACAACGUCUGCGGCUUUGGCCCGGUAUAUUGCGGCGAUGGCUGUCGGUCUAACUGUGAUGCCAAAGCAGAGUGUGGUCAAUAUGCGAAGGUCAACGGUACUACUUGUCCAUUGAACGUUUGCUGCAGAUCUCUAACUUUUCAAGGUUGUCAAUCCAAUUGUGGGAAGGUCGAUCGACCUGCCUCUGGGGUCAAAGACGUGCGUCAGAAUGUGAUUGGAUAUUAUGAAAUGUGGAAGGCAGACAGUGGAGGAGGUUGUGGUGAUUCCGGAAUCAUGCUUCCAGAGAUGAUUCCCGUCGAAAACCUCAACCAGUUGAACAUCGCCUUUCUCUACAUAGACCCAAAGGACUUCACUAUUGCAGACAUGGAGCACGUUCCUGACUUAUUAUAUACCCGUCUCGCCGACACAAAGACCAGGAAUCCCGAUCUCAAGGUUUGGAUCAGCUUGGGAGGCUGGGCCUUCAACGACCCCGAUCAGUAUCCCCAUCUGUUUUCCGAUAUCGCUGCUUCCACGGCGAAGACAAAGAUGCUUGCCAAGGGGCUACUUGAGUUCAUGAACAAUUAUGGCUUCGACGGUGUUGAUUUCGACUGGGAGUACCCCAGUGCGGACGAUCGCGGUGGCGAUCCGAAGGACAAAAGUAACUACCCUUUGAUGCUCCAGAGAAUCAAGAGAUUCUUCUCGGUCCAUGGCGGUGGUAAGAACUUUGGAAUCUCCAUUACGGUCCCCACAUCCUAUUGGUAUCUGCGAUGGUUUGACCUCAAAGCCCUAGAGGAACACCUUGAUUCAUUCAACUUGAUGUCUUAUGAUCUUCACGGAACUUGGGAUGGCGACAAUCCUAUUGGCAGCCAUGUUUACUCUCACACAAACCUCACCGAGAUCAACCUGUCCUUGGAUCUCUUUUGGCGCAACGAUGUCACACCGAGCAAGAUUAAUCUUGGUCUUGCUUUCUAUGGUCGAACAUUUGAGUUGGAGAGUUCAAUCUGCAAUAAACCAGGAUGCGACUUUAAGGGCCCGGGCCCGAAGGGAGAGUGCACUCAUACUGAAGGCAUCCUGUCCUACACGGAAAUUCUGAUGGAAAUGGACAAUGCAGGCUUGUCUGUUGGAUCCGGAGUCACUUACGACGAAAAAGCUGCAGUCUACUAUUUCAACUAUGGUGAUAAAGGUAAUAACUGGCUAUCCUUUGAUGACUCUGUGACAUUCCAGAGAAAGAUCGAUCUCGCAAAUGACCGCGGCCUUGGUGGUAUCUUUGUUUGGGCUUUGGAUCAAGACGAUGACAACAUGCACGCUCUCAAGGCAGUGCUGGGCAAAAAUAUUGUUUCUACGCCCUUGACACAAGAUGGAUAUGGUGCAUUUGAUCUUAACAAGUGCUAUGUGACUGAUUGUGGCAAGAAAUGCAAGUCCGGGGACACGACGAUGACCCAUCUUAAUCAGAAGAAUAACAAGGGAUGUGCCGAGGACAGCGACGACGAACACACAUGGGCUGGCAAAAGUCAUACUCAGCGUUCCUUCUGUUGUCCUGCUCCUACAGCACCUGACUCGUCUACGUGCCACUGGAGAGGAGAAAUUGACAACGGCGGCAUUUGCACCUCAAGCUGCGAGCCCGGAGAGGUUACAAUGGUUCUCGAUGACAGUGGAGACGGUGACUUCCAAAAAGGAUUCUUCUGUGACUGUGGAGGCAAGAAAGCUUAUUGUUGCCCCGCAACAAAUGGACAAAAAGCGAUACAAAACUGCAAGCUCGCGGAUGAAGGAAAAGAUUGUCCAAGUAAUAGACCCCAAGAGCUCACGUGGGUUGCGAGUACCCUCCAGUAUGGUACUUCUCUCUCAGGUACAGAACAGAAGCUGUGUUGCCCUGACAAACCCAAAUAUAGCAACUGUGGAUGGCAUGGAGAGGCCCUGACCUGCCACAACAAUGCGUGUCCAACGGGCCAAAUUGAGCUGACUAGAUGGGCCGGACUUCACGCAAAGGAUGGAGCAGACAAGGACAAAACUCCCUUCAUAGGAUGUGCAAACGGAGAUAAAGCAUCCUUCUGUUGUGAUCCUCCUGUCCAUGGUGGCUCACCGUUCAUUCCCGUGCCAUUGGAAAAUCUGUUCCCUGGUGGCAAGGACUUUAGUAGUGACCUAGACGUCGAUUUCAGUGAAGUCAUUCAAAACAGUCCGGAUGAAGUCGGUGCAGACGAAGAAGGGGAGGGGACUGAUCCUAACAAGAGCAGCUUCUCUUGGAUGGUCAUGGUUGGUGAACCGGAAGAUGUUCAGAGUUUCUCCAAGAGAGACGGGUCGCAUCUCCAGCUGUUUGAUUGCCCGAACACCCAUGUAGACGACUUCACUACACAGCAUGCAAAGGCUGUCUGCCUUGAUGAUUCCUCGGACAGCAACUGUGAGCAUAUCCUCAAAGGAGGCGUGGAAGGAACUGUCGUUCGUCUUCCUAGUCACUGCGGGCCCGAUGAAUGGGUGCGUGCUGUGAGCUUUGAAAGGUCGCACAGCGGCUCUAUACCCGAGCACCUUUCCAAGCGCGCUGGUGCUGGAGCAGCAAUUUACGACUUCCACUACGACUACAAUUUUGACUUGCUUCGGCGGGAUGGAGAAGAAAUUCACUUCCGAGCGGAUAUGUCCACGCAUCCAGGAUACUGGAAGAGUCUGGUAGCCGAUCCUCAUGACUCACCCUCGAAACGUGACGCCAGCAAUUGGAGGCAUUACGAUCGCCGCUGGUGGGCCGAAAAGGACCCGCACUCCUGGUUGAAAAAGUUCCAGAAUCUGCUCAAGACAGACAAGGAUGGCAAGGAAAAGGUUGGCUUGAAAAAGCACUAUGAGUACAACGAGUGUCUGCUUGGUGCAUCUGCCAGCUGUGGAAACGCCAAUGCCACCGUUAAAGCGAACGUGUUCGGAACACUUGACACGACCAUGGACAUGGGCAUGUCUCUCAUCGGCACAUUGAAGAACUUUGGAUUCACGGAGGCAUUUACAUUCUUCAAUCAAGAGGAUUUCAAUGCCACGAUGGGAGUCGACUUUGAAGCUUGGGCGAAGAUGCAUUUCUCAAGCGGCUACGUGCCACUUGGCAGCUUUGACAGCUUUGGUGCAAACUAUUUCAUCAAAGGUAUCUUCAAGGUCAAUCCUUACUUCGAACUCGAGGCUCGGGUUCAGGCUGAUGUAGGGAUCUCUGCCGAUGCCCAGGUCGGUAUCAGUCUCUAUCACCCAAGAUACUGGUACUUCCUGCCAGACACGUUGGCCGAUAUGCCCGUUGAAUCCGGUAGUUUUGACACAGAUUCCAAGAUGGGGCCCGUCGGUACCGUUGGCGAGAUCAAGGCUAACGCCGGUGGAAAUAUUGCGUUCUCCGUCAAACCAAGCAUUGGAGUCGACAUUGGUCUUUACAUCCCAAAGAAGGGAGACCUGGCAAGUACCAACAUCAAGUUGUCAACAACGGCCGAUUUCGACUUUGGUGUUGCCGCAACUGCCGGUACAUCUUGCGCAGGCAUAGAUCUGACAUUGAAGGCAGAGGUUGAAGCCGAGCUGAGUGUUAAGAGUGGCAUUGAAGCGUGGGGCAAGAAUGAGUAUACCUUCAACUCCCCUACGAUGAGACAGGUCUAUCAUGAUUGUAUCCCAUUCUCCUCGCUGGCGGGACGAUCGGAGCAUGCUGGCUUUAUGACAUUGCCCAAUUCCACCAAGUUGGAGAGCCGCGCAUUGGAUGCACCGAAGGAAUCCAAACGCCAGUGCGCAUGGUCAACCUCACACAUUUCAUGCCCAGGGCGCGAUGAUUCGUCUGAUGACCCGGAUCCUGACUGUGAUAUGUCGUCUUUGCAAACCAAAAUGCUGUACAAACGGAGUGAAAAAGAACCAAUGGACUAUUGCAAGCAGGACACCAGGAAAGAUGCCACACAAUACGAGGGCUUCACAACCAAUGGGUUACAAAUCAACUUUCCAACUUUCCCAUCCUCCGGGGACUUGGUUAGAAAAUUCGGCGCGUCCAAUGUCGUGUCAUAUGAUGGGAUCAAACCUGAUGACUGCAACAACUUCGACUUUGGAAUCGUCACCACUCCCAAAGAGCCAGGGAAAAGCAAGCCACGAUACGAUGCCGAGCACGUUCUUGAAGCCCAGGUGCUUCCUCAAUUCUUCAGAUAUAUGACGAUCAAGCGAUCCAAUGUUCUUUCUGAUGAUAGUGACUCUGAUGACGACGGUGAUACCGAAAUGGGCGAGGCCGACGACGACGGUGAUGUCGAGAUGGGUGAUGCCGAUAGCGACUCUAACUCCAAUCCAUAUGCACUCGAGUUUAAUGACCCCCGCCAGGGAUAUUCGGGAGUCAUCAAUAUGUGUGAUUACAUGAAGGUUUGGUGGGCGAAGAACGAUGAUGAUAAGAAGGCCUGGAGUGCCCACAAAUUUGUUGCCUCGGCUUAUCCUGGGAAAGAUGGAAGGAAGUGGAUAAAUUCUGAAGAGUUUGUGCUUCUUCCUGCAUACAUCAACUCUGCAGUGAAAGCAAAUUACUUUGGAGGAAACGAGGAAACCCACAAAGCAAGUUUGAAUAGGAUCAUUAAGAAGGCUGAAGACAAAAAGCAGCCUGACUGGGGUUCAGCAUUGAAAUAUGUCAAGGCCCAUAUUUACUUCUACAAAUACCUUGGAACUCCCGAAGUCCAAAAGAUUCUGGUAAAGCAAGUCAAUCGGGUUGCCCAUAACAUGGAGCAAGCGGAGGACACUCUCUUACAACAGAACAUCGGUGGGAUCCAGGGAUAUGUGGAUCCAAAAGCCCCUUACCGAGGACAGGACUUUGCAGAUGAAUGGCGCGCCUAUAUCAAGGAUCGACACGCGGUCGUGGAGCAAAAGAGUCGAAAGUUCGUUAAGGAGUGGGCUUCAACACUGCGUAGUUGGAAUUCGGCAUCAGGCACUCAAAACGCAAAGGGCAUCCAGUCGAACAAAGAUAUUGUGGAGAUGUUUGAGAACAUGGAAAAAGCAGUCAACAGCCUUCCGCCAUGGAGCAUCAACUGGGAUUUGAAAGACUCGAAGGGAGUCCCAUCA